AUGUCCGAGCCAAGGUCUACUGCCAUUACUGAAGAAGUUCGCACCCUUCUCCGCCUAAUUCUGUCUAACGUCUCAGAUGGUAGAGACAAAAAGGUGAACUUGAAUUAUUUCUUCACAAUUACCUCUGUCAAUGUGAUUAUGAAGGUGAAUGCUGGAAAGAAGUGGAUUGAAGAGGAGAAGGCUGCCUGUAUUAAUACAGGGAAGCAGUGUCUUGAGGAUAUCCAAAAUAUGUUCCCUUCAAAUACAACGACAAGUUGGUUGGAUUAUUUUCCAUAUUUGAAAUGGUUUGGACGUUUCAAGGGGGAAGAGAAGCGUUUCAUUAAGAUUGCUGAAGAGAGGGAUAAAUUCUUUGAGGGCUUGAUAGAAGAGGCAAGACGAAAGAAAACUGGUUCGGUUUCAAGUAGUACUGCUGAAGGGGGAAAGAUCAGACAACUGUGA